UUCUAAGCGCGUGGUCUUCCGGAAGUGUCGUAAGUGACCAUGACCUUCCUCUCUCUAGUUACGUGCAGUCAUGUGGACGGACGAGGCGCACGGGGGAUGAUCACGAAAUGCAGAACUAGAGAAAAAUCACUUCGUUACGCGCCCCGUCUUCUGUUUACGUUGUUUUUAGCACAAGCAGGUUGUGAGGGAACAAUGGUGAAGUAUUUCAGCUGUGCAGGCUUUCUGAAGAGCUCAUGGGACCAAGUGUUUUUGGCAUUCUGGCAGAGAUACCCCAACCCCUACAGUAAUCAUGUUUUAACUGAAGACAUCAUAUUUCGGGAAGUCACUCCGGACAACUGUCUGAUCUCCAGACGUCUCCUGACCAAAACAAGCAGAGCUCCUCGCUGGGCGGAGAGGUUUCUGCCUGCUCACAUGGCACAGAAGGCUUACAUCAUUGAGGACUCUGUAGUGGAUCCUCGGGGCAGGACCAUGACCACUCUCACCUGGAACAUCAGCCACACUCGUGUGAUGAGUAUUGAAGAACGUUGUGUGUACAGAGUGAACCCCGAUGACAACAGUUGGACCGAGAUCAAGAGAGAGGCUUGGAUUUCCUCCAAACUGUACGGCCUCACUAGAGCGAUUCAGGAAUUUGGUCUUGCCCGGUUUAAGAGCAACGUUACAAAGACCAUGAAAGGUUUUGAGUACGUCCUGGCCAAGAUGCAAGGUGAACUGCCUACACGAACGCUGGCAGAAACUGCAACUGUGAAGGCAAGAGAAACCGCACUCGCUGCCAAAGAGAAGGCGAAAGAUUUAGCCUCUCAAGCUCAAAAGAAGCAGUAUGUAUGAUGAGCGCACACGCCUGGAGGAGGCGCAGUCUCUCCCAGCAUUUCUGAAAAGGGCCCCAUCACACUGGGCACAGACGUGGAUGUGAGAUGCAUUUAGCCAGGAGCUGAGAUGAUCAAAUCGUGCCUGUCUAGAUUCUCAGAAUGCAUUUAGUGAAGCCCAUGUUCUCUUCGACUGAAAUUCUCCAGUAAACUUGAUUUGAUACAGCACCAUCCUCCACCUGCUCCUGAGAUGUUUGCUUUUUUUUAUAUCUAAAUUAAUUUCUUAAUUUAUCUGAUUUUGUUGAUGUAUUUCAAACAUGGCCUCUCUGAAUCUUCAUAUUCACACUUCACACUGAGGUCUGUAAUCUGCCUUGUUUAGCAAAUGUGAUUCAUUGCUUCAAAUUGAAGUUCUAUCUGCAUUGAUGGGUCCACAGUUCCAGCAGUCAUUGCCGGCGUGAUAUCUAGAGUCUGAUCUUUGGCACAUGAGAGCAUAUGCCAGAAAGUAUUGCACUGGAUGGACGGCAAUGUCUGAUUACAAGUGUGAAAGUUGUCAAAACAUGUUGGAUGUUGAGUGUCUGAAAGAAGAAACGCAUUUGUUUAAUGAAAGGGUAUGAUAGCUUGCAUAAUGUCUUAUAGCUCUUAAUUGUUUGUGAUCAAUAGCUAUUACCAAUAAAUAUUUUCUAUCUGA